CAAAGAAGAAGAACUCUCUCUUUCAACGGCUCUGGUUGCAGGCGGCUGCCUUCGUAUUGGGACACAGCCGUGGACAACAAAUAGCCACAGUAGUUGUAGCGUUUGUAAUGAAUACAUAACUCACUGAAAUAACUUCCCAGUUCGUGUAAUGGUACCGGACAACGGAGUAAUUCGUCGGCUUAAACUCAUGAACGAGAUGACAAAUGAAGAUAUUGGAUGCUUAGGCUUAGCAUUUGCAGGGCAUUACGAACAUUGUACAUUGCCCCACUGAGAAAGCAAUGCAGGAAUAAACCUUACUGGCAAACUCCUGAACCUUUUCACUUCUACCUGUGCACACGGUUUUUGCGUCAUCACUUUGUGGGCGUACUUUUCAAACCUGGGCACAGUUAUCAGUACACGCAGGCAUCUGGACCCAUCAGCCUCUCCAUUGGACAGCAUUUCCGUGCCUCCUUGACCCAGUUCAGCAGUGGUUGGACAGGUAUGGCGGAGCAGAGGUACUGUGUGGAGUAUGCCAAGCGCGGCACGGCUGGCUGCAAGAAGUGCAAAGACAAGAUCAUGAAAGGGCUGGUGCGCAUAGGUAAGAUCGUGCCCAACCCCUUUAGUGAGUCUGCGGGUGAGAUGAAAGAGUGGUACCAUGUGAAAUGCAUCUUCGAGAAACUUGAGCGGGCACGGGCCACAACGAAGAAGAUUGAAGACAUCACUGACCUGGAAGGCUGGGAGGAACUGCAAGAUGAGGACAAAGAGCUAAUCAACAAACAUGUGGGAGAUCUGGCUGCGAAGACAAAUGCCAGCCCAAAGAAGAAGGUUCAAGCGAAGCUGAACAACAGCGGCGGAAUAACGGCGCCCCUUGCUGAUCCAUCUGUUAAUGCCCCCAGGAAGUUCUCUGGCUUCAUGGCUACCAAAGCAGGGACUGCCACCAGCCCAGGCCCUUCUCCUGCCAAAGCCAGUCAAGGGAGCAUGUUGUCAGCUCAGAUGUGUGACCCCACGCACAAGGACUGCUUGCUCAGGGAGUUCCGUAAGCUAUGUGCCAUGGUGGCAGAAAAGCCCAGCUACAACGUAAAGACACAGAUCAUCCAGGACUUCCUGAGGAAAGGCUCUGGUGGGGAUAAGUUCAGGGGAGACCUGUACCUUACCGUGAAGCUGCUUCUCCCAGGAGUGGUCAAGAGCGUGUACAACCUGAAUGACAAGCAAAUAAUCAAGCUGUUCAGUCGUAUCUUCAACUGCAGCCAGGAAGAGAUGGUGCGAGACUUGGAGCAGGGAGACGUCUCUGAAACAGUGCGGAUAUUUUUUGAGGGGAGCAGGUCGUUUCCGCCAGCAGCAAAAAGUCUCCUGACCCUCCAGGAAGUUGAUGCUUCCUUGACUCGUCUGGCCCAGCUCACCAAAGAAGAUGAUCAGCAGAAAGAGCUGGAGACCAUAUCUAAACGAUGCACAGGAAAUGACCUCAAAUGUAUCAUAAGACUUGUGAAACACGACCUGAAGAUGAACUCCGGAGCUAAGCAUGUCCUGGAUGCUGUGGACCCAAAUGCCUACGAUGCAUUCAAGGCCUCUCGUAACCUGGGAGAUGUUAUUGAUAGGGUGCUGCGAAACCAACUGGAGGCAUCCAGUGGCUCAGGGCCCAGGAAGAUCCUGAGCGUGGAGGCCACCCUCAUGACACCUGUGCAGCCCAUGCUGGCGGAGGCGUGUAAAUCCAUCGAAUAUGCCAUGAAAAAGUGUCCCAACGGAAUGUACUCUGAGAUCAAGUACGAUGGGGAGCGUGUGCAGGUCCACAAGAAUGGAGAUCACUUCAGCUACUUCAGUCGCAGUCUCAAGCCUGUGCUUCCACACAAGGUGGCCCAUUUCAAAGAGUUCAUCCCACAGGCGUUCGCAGGGGGUCAAAGCAUGAUCUUAGAUGCAGAGGUGCUUCUUAUUGACACCAACACCAGCAAGCCCCUCCCGUUCGGGACCCUGGGUGUCCACAAGAAAGCAGCUUUCCAAGACGCCAAAGUGUGCCUGUUUGUGUUUGACUGUAUAUAUUUCAACGGUGUGAGCCUGAUGGACAAGCCCCUGUAUGAGCGAAGGAAGUUUCUCCAAGAUAACAUGGUGGAGGUUCCAAACAGAAUCCUGUUCUCCGAGAUGAAGCAUGUCACUAGAGCUGCAGACCUGGCUGAGAUGAUCACUCGAGUUAUUCGAGAGGGGCUAGAGGGACUGGUUUUGAAGGAUAUCAAGGGCACAUAUGAGCCUGGGAAGCGCCACUGGUUGAAGGUGAAGAAAGACUAUCUGAACGAAGGGGCCAUGGCAGACACCGCUGACCUGGUGGUUCUGGGGGCUUUCUACGGCAAAGGCUCAAACGGGGGCAUAAUGUCCAGUUUUUUGAUGGGCUGCUAUGACCCUGACUCUAAGAAAUGGUGCACAGUGACCAAAUGCUCUGGGGGCUAUGACGACGCCACUCUGGCCAGACUGCAGGAUGAGCUGGAUGUGAUCAAGAUAAGCAAGGAUCCACGCAAAAUCCCAAGCUGGUUGAACAUAAUCAAGAACUACUAUCCAGAUUUCAUUAUCCGAGAUCCAGAAAAAGCCCCAGUGUGGGAGAUCACAGGGGCGGAGUUCUCUAAAUCCGAAAUGCACACAGCCGAUGGCAUCUCCAUCCGCUUCCCUCGCUGCACCAGAAUCCGUGACGACAAGGACUGGAAAAGUGCCACUAACCUGCCCCAGCUCAAAGAACUGUACAGAGUUUCAAAGGAAAGGUGUGAUUUCGAGAUCACAGCAGGAUCUUCAAAGAGCAACAAUGACAACAGUUCCUCUGGCGGAGAUAGUGGCGGGAACUCUCCCUCUACUUCCCAAACAGCAGCCAUGCCCAGUAAGGCUGGAAGCAGUGGUGCUCCCAAAGCAAAGGCAGUGAAAAAGGUCCCCUCCCCCGGCCCUGCAGCCAAGAGGAAAAAUCCUCCAGAGGAACACAGUGCAAAGAAGGUGAAAAGGACAGAAACUGUACACAGCAAUGGGCAAAGCAAACCGAAGACUUCCCAAUCAACAGAAAGCAAAAAUGAAAAGACCUUACUGGACAUCUUCAGUGGGGUGAAGCUUUUCCUGCCGGAGUCAGUACAGGACUAUCAAAAACUGCGCCGGUACUUUGUGGCCUAUGACGGCGACCUGGUACCAGAGUACGAUGCUGCCUCAGCAACCCACACGCUGUCGGAGCCUGAGGAAGACAGCCAAGCACAGAGAGUCACCGCCAACUGGAUCUGGGAGUGCAUCCGGAAACGAAGAGUGGUCCCAUCCUGUUGACAGCUCUUGCCCCAGCAACGAGAACCGUAGAGGACAGGAACACAACCACGUGUACAACUCGCGCACAGCUGGUUGGUUUCACACACUAAAAUUGAUAAAAACCUGCAGUGGUCUAUUCCAUGAGGCAGUUCAAGAUUGAUGUAGAUGACCAACAGUGUAUUUAAAAGGCUGGAGGGGGUAAAUAAUAUUAGAUAAUGAUAUGCGUGUGGCCCAUGUGUGUAAAAUGGGCCUGUUUCGUAAAAUGAAAAGGCAUGUUGCUUGCAAGCUAACAUCAGCAUAUUUCCCAAGUCACGUUUAGAGUAUAAUGAACUCUGAUGCUUCGGUUGGAGAUGCUUCCUAAUAUAUGAGGAAUUAUGUUUAGAUUUAGGUGUCUUUUUAAAAUUUGUUAGAUUUAGUUUAUUGUAUUCAGUCGAAUAAGGGGAAGCAUAAAUGAUAGUUGAUCCAGGGCAGGCAUGGAAGGCAGUUUUGACAAUAUAAAACACUCCCUGGUUUGCAUUCACAUCCGGUAGACCAUUACAAUUAUUUUUACUGUAGUGCUGCUUUUCAGGGUGAUAUGAUACAUUUGGUCAUGUAGUGUAUCUGGACACCCCUUGGUCUGGGGCUGUUUUCAUGGUUCGGGCUAGGCCCUUUAGUUCCAGUGAAGGCUAAUCUUAAUACUACAGCAUACAAUGACAUUCUGGAUGAUUCUGUUCUUCCCCAACAUUUUGGGGGAAGGCCUUUUUAGCAUGACAAUGACUCCAGGAACACAGCAAGCUCCAUAUAGAAAUGUUUAAUCGAGAACAGUGGAAGAACUUCAGUGGCCUGCCUAGAGCCCUGACCUCAACCCCAUCCAAUACCUUUGGGAUCAAUUGGAAAGCCAACUGGAAACCAGGCUUAAUUGUCCAAUCAGUGCCUCAGUAAUGCUCUUCUGGCACAUGACCUGUGAAUAUCCUCUGUUCUUCAACACCCAGGGAAACAAGUGGUUUGAUGAUUGCAUAAUUUUAGUACACUGGAACUGGCUGCAUGCAUUUCUCAUAUUUGUAUGGGUUGCUGAUCAGCACGAAGACCAAAAAUCUGAGGACUAUUAAUGGAAAGAGUGUACACCUGGUGUAUUUAACCUGUCUAUUGGUUUUUUUCUUACACAUAAAUGAGAACCCAAACUUUAAACAGAAUUUUAUAUUUGAUUUUUUUUUUUUAAUGUUUUUUUUAAACCAGAUCCAGUGUUUCUCCUAGCUUUGUGGCAUCCAAAGGAGGACCAAGCAUAUUUAAAGUUUAAUGUGCACUGGCAAACCUGACAAGACAAGCUAGUUUUGUCAGCUAUUUGCUGUUUUGGGAAUAAAAUAACAUUACUGCAUUUUGUGUAUAAAUGCGGGAACAUCUGCUGACAUGCAAUAAUACAAUAAUGUAACACUUUUUUAGACUGUCUGUUUAGCAAUUUAGAACUGUUCAAAGAAAAGUAGGUUGUAAGUUCAAAGAAUGUCAGAACUGUGAAGUGUGUAGGUGCUGGGAAUGUGGAGUUUUCCUUGGGGCAUACAGCUAAAUCCAGAAAAUUAAAUGUUUGUCACAAGA